CCUGAGGCUAUUCUCCAACGAUGAUUGAGUCCAUUAAGAACCGAUUUGGGCGGAUUUAUUCCUGGUCAAUUUUUGGCAGAUUCCAAAGGGGUACCAUCACAGAUUUCGGGCGAUUUAUCCGAAAUGCCAUUUUCUUUCGAUUCUGGAUGCUACAGAUCACGGAAUCAGGCCGAGGCUAUUCUCCACCGAUAAUGAAGUCUAUUGAUCCUAUUCUCCACGGCUGAUAAGUCCGUUAAGCAUCGAUUUGGGACCAUUUAUUUUCGGAUAGCAUUUUCGUAAUUUCUUGGGCUACGAAAGGCCAUUUUCAUUGGAUAUUGAAGGCUACAGAUCACGGAUUCGGCCUGAGGCAAUUCUCCAACGAUGAUUGAGUCCAUUAAGCAACGAUUUGGGCGGAUUUAUUCCUGGCCAAUUUUUGGCAGAUUCCAAAGGGGUACCAUCACAUAUUUCCGGCGAUUUAUUCGAAAUGUCAUUUUCAUUCGAUUCUGCAGGCUACAGAUCGUGGAAUCAGGCCGAGGCUAUUCUCCACCGAUAAUGAAGUCUAUUGAUCCUAUUCUCCACAAAUGAUAAGUCCGUUAAGCAUCGAUUUGGGCCAAUUUAUUUUCGGAUGACAUUUUCGUAAUUUCAUGGCUGACGAAAGGCCUUUUUCUCUGAAUAUUGAAGGCUACAGAUCACGGAUUCGGCCUGAGGCUAUUCUCCAACGAUUAUUGAGUCCAUUAAGCACCGAUUUGGGCGGAUUUACUCCUGGUCAAUUUUUGGCAGAUUCCAAAGGGGUACCAUCACAGAUUUCGGCCGAUUUAUCCGAAAUGCCAUUUUCUUUCGAUUAUGGAGGCUACAGAUCACGUAAUCAGGCCGAGGCUAUUCCCCACCGAUAAUGAAGUCUAUUGAUCCUAUUCUCCACGGAUGAUAAGUCCAUUAAGCAUCGAUUUGGGCCAAUUUAUUUUCGGAUGGCAUUUUCGUAAUUUCUUGGGCGAGAAAGGCCAUUUUCAUUGGAUAUUGAAGGCAACAGAUCACGGAUUCGGCCUGAGGCUAUUCUCCAACGAUGAUUGAGUCCAUUAAGCACCUAUUUGGACGGAUUUAUUCCGGGUCAAUUUUUGGAAGAUUCCAAAGGGGUACCAUCACCGAUUUCUGGCGAUUUUUCUGAAAUGCCAUUUUCUUUCGAUUUUGGAGGCUACAGAUCACAGAUUCAACCAGAGGCUAUUCUCCACCAAUAAUGAAGUCUAGUUAUCAUAUUCUCCGCAAAUGAUGAAGUCCGUUAAGCACCGAUUUGGGCAAAUUAUUUUGGGAAGACAUUUUAGUAAUGUUUAGAGAGAUUUUUUUCGAAAGGCCAUUUUUCUGGAAUUUUGAACGCUACAGAUCACGGAUUCUGCCUGAGGCUAUUCUUCAAUGAUGAUUAAGUCCAUUAGGCAUCGAUUUGGGUGGAUAUCUUCCGGGUCCAUUUUUGGCAGUUCCCAAAGGUUUACCAUCACUGAUUUCGGCAAAUUUUCUUUCAAUUUUGGAGGCUACAGAUCACAGAUUCAUCCUGAGGCUAUUCUCCAUCGAUAAUGAAGUCUAUUGAUCAUAUUCUCCGUAUAUUAUUAAGUCCAGUAGGCACCAAUUUGGGCAAAUUAAUUUUGGGAUGAGAUUUUCAUAAUUUUUAGGGUAAAUUUUUCGAAAGGCCAUUUUCCUUAGAUUUUGAAGGCUAGAGAUCAUGAAUUCGGCCUGAGGCUAUUCAUCAACGAUAAAUAAGACCAUUAAGUAGCGAUUUGGGCGGAUAUCUUCCGGUUCCAUUUUUGGCAGAUCCCAAAGGGUCACCAUCACCGAUUUCGGGCGAUUUUACCGAAAUGCCAUUUUCUUUCGAUUUUGGAGGCUACAGAUCACAGAUUCAACCCGAGGCUAUUCUCCACCAAUAAUGAAGUCUAUUGAUCAUAUUCUCCGAAAAUGAUUAAGUCCAUUAAGCACCGAUUUGAGCGAAUAAAUUUUUGGAUUGCAUUUUCAUAAUUUUUUAGCGAUUUUUUUAAAAGCGAUUUUCCUUGGAUUUUGAAGGCUACAUAUCACGAAUUCGGCCUGAGGCUAUUCAUCAACGAUAAUUAAGUCCAUUAAGCAGCGAUUUAGGCAUAUAUCUUUCGGGUCCAUUUUUGGCAGAUCGCAAAGGGGUACCAUCACCGAUUUCCGGCGAUUUUCCCGAAAUGCCAUUUUCUUUCGAUUUUGGAGGCUACAUAUCACAGAUUUAGCCCGAGGCUAUUCUCCACCGAUAAUGAAGUCUAUUAAUCAUAUUAUCCGCAAAUUAUUAAGUCCAUUAAGCACCAAUUUGGGCGAAAUAAUUUUAGGAUGACAUUUUCAUAAUUUUUUGGGUGAUUUUUUUCAAAAGUCCAUUUUCCUUGGAUUUUGAAAACUACAGAUCACGGAUUCGCCCUGAGGCUAUUCUUCAAAGAUGAUUAAGUCCAUUAAGCAACGAAUUGGGCGGAUAUCAUCCGGGUCCAUUUUUGACAGAUCCCAAAGGGGUACCAUCACCGAUUUCGGGCAAUUUUCCCGAAAUGCCAUUUUCUUUCGAUUUUGGAGGCUACAGAUCACAGAUUCAAACCGAGGCUAUUUUCCACAGAUAAUGAAGUCUAUUGAUCAUA